AUGCAUCAGGAGAGAUGGAUUAUAUCAUACACCUCUUACAUCUCUCAGUAUCACUUUGUGAAUGUGGAGAAGAACUGGACUGAAGCACAGACACACUGCAGAGAGCACUACACUGACCUGGCCACUAUUGAUAACCAAGAGGACGUGAAUGAGCUGGUGAGAACAGUGAACGACAACGCUGAACAUGUUUGGAUCGGACUGGAGAAGCGAGGUGAUGUGAAGUGGCAGUGGUCUCUGGGAGACAGACAGUUUUACAGAGAGGGAGAGAUGGAGUUUAGAAACUGGGAGGAUAACCAACCAGACGGCAAUGCUGACUGUAGAAAGGCUCAGAGCUACUGCAGAGAGACUCACACAGACCUGGUCAGUGUGAGGAACCAGACUGAGAACCAGGACAUACACGAGAUCAUGACGGCAGCCAAUGUAACCAUUGCCUGGAUCGGCCUGUUCAGAGACUCCUGGAAGUGGUCAGAUCACAGUAACUCCUCAUUCAGAUACUGGAGACCAGGAAUACCUGAUAACAGAGGAGGGAAUGAGAACUGUGCUGUGGUUUGGAUUGAUAGAGAUGUUGGACAAUGGGGUGACUGGACGUGUGAUCGUAAAACUCAGUUUGUCUGCUAUGAGGAUAAACUGGUCCUGAUCAAUGAGACUCUGACCUGGAGCGAAGCUCUGAAUUACUGCAGAGAGCAUCAUGUGGACCUGGUCUCAGUUCACUCAGAGAAGAUCCAGAGGUGGGUGAUGAAGAGGGUUGAAAAGGCCUCCACUGCUCAUGUGUGGCUGGGCUUACGUCAUUCCUGCACCCUUGGCUUCUGGUUUUGGGUGAGUGGAGAAUCUCACUGCUACGAGAACUGGGCUCCAGGGAACAGAACAGGGGUGGAGGAGUGUGAGAGAGCAGUCAGAACAGGAGCAGUGGAGUCUGGAGGAGGGAAACUGUGGGUCAGUUUGCCUGAGACCGAGAGACUCAACUUCAUUUGCAGUAACUAUGAAGUUGAGACCAACGGCGUAGGCAGCCUGUGUUUGUCUGGGUCCAUUCCCCCAGUGCACGCCUACUAA